AUGUACAACGCGCAAGACGCGUCAUACGCGCCAUCUGCACCUCCACUCCUCCGCGAAUGGUCGUCUAAACACGGCGAAAAAAACUAUGCGCUCGAAGUCAUCCAGAAUCCCAUCCGCGCACGCAUGUGCGGCUUUGGAGACAAAGAUCGGAGACCGCUCGCUCCAGCUGCAGUCGCAAGAUUGCUCGUCACGGAUGAGAAUAAUCGGAUUGUCUCGCCCGAGUCCAUCCAGGCUGCGUUUUUCAUUGUUCUCGUCGAUCUAUGGGACGAAGAAGGUCAAAAGGAUUGCAAUCUCGUUCGCGUUCCGACGCAGCAGAGUGUCAGCGCCAAACGAAACAGACAUGUGCGCACAGAGUCGUCGCCAUCUGUUCUCGAAACCAACGGAACCAGCUAUACCUUUGCUGACAGCCAGUCGCCCUUUGUGUCGAGCAGCAUGGCCAGCACGAGUACCCAAGUCUUUGAUCGACAACGCUCGCCGACGUCACCAACCCGGAGUUUGACAGUAGCGUCUCCGGUGGCUAAGCGCAAGCGCUCGAAACGCGCUAAUGAAGGUGGGGCAGAAGCUCCGAUAGCAAGCGGACCUGAACAAGUUCCUACCCAUCCAUUCUACCCUCAAGAUUUAAACGCAGUGGCUCUCUAUCCGUCUGCCUUUGCCUCGCAGGACCUGCUGCCGUUUACCAACUAUAUCAGUCCUUCGUACGCGGCUAUGCCCCCUAACGCCACCUAUACAUCCGGAAUCUCGGUCCUCACUCCGAAUGGGCAAUCGUUGCCACAAGAAGCCACGACGGCGACUACGGCGAGCGUGUACGUCGGUCACGACACACUACCACAACCCGUGAUCAACGGCUCGAUGCAACCACCACCACCAUGGUCCACAGACGAGCCAGCAGAGUGUGCCAGGACAUUGAUUGGACCCUUGGCCGCAGGAGCCCAGCUGUUGACAGACGACAACGAUGAGCCAGGCAUCUUUUUCCUCUUUCAGGAUUUAUCCGUGCGCAAAGAGGGCGUGUUCCGGCUGCGAAUGCGGCUGGUCAAUGUCGGAGGCGUCGAUGGUAGCCCUCCAGCACCCGAACCAGGGGCCACCCGCGUCCGCAGCGACAGUUCGACUGUACUUGCCCAAGUCUUUACUCAACCGUUUACCGUGUUUUCGGCGAAAAAGUUUCCUGGUGUGCCUCCGACGACGGCUCUGUCAAAGAAGCUUCUGCAACAGGGCCUCAAGAUUCCUGGGCGCACUAGAAACAAGGAUGGCCCAGCCCCUCGCAAGAAGCGACGAUUGACCGAUGCGGAGGAGUGGGCCCCUGAUGGUGCCCUGUCCAAUUCGGAAGAAGAAUGA